AUGUCUGCUGGCCAGAGGUUCGCCUUUGCAAUAUGCAUUCUAGAAAUAAGUCUCCUGAGAGCGGGGCCCACUCCCAGUUACGACCCGGAAGAAAGACAUGGCACACCAUUGCCCAUAGACUGCAGGAUGAGUUCCUGGAGUGAGUGGUCGAAAUGUGACCCUUGCCUCAAACAGAUGUUUCGUUCAAGGAGCAUUGAGAUCUUUGGACAGUUUAAUGGGCGAAGGUGUGCGGAUGCUGUGGGAGACCGACGGCAGUGUGUACCCACAGAGGCUUGCGAAGACCCCGAGGAUGACUGUGGCAACAAUUUUCAGUGCGGUACAGGCAGAUGCAUAAAGAAUCAGCUUCUAUGUAAUGAUGACAAUGACUGCGGAGACUAUUCAGAUGAGGAUAACUGUGAACGGGAUCCUCGUCCCCCUUGCCGCAACAGAGUGGUGGAAGAGUCAGAGCUGGCACGGACGGCAGGAUAUGGGAUCAACAUCUUAGGCAUGGAUCCGCUCAGCACCCCCUUUGACAACCAGUACUACAAUGGACUCUGUGACCGAGUUAGGGAUGGCAACACCUUGACGUACUACCGCAAGCCCUGGAACGUGGCUUCGCUGAGCUAUGACACCAAAGUUGACAAGAAUUUCAGAACUGAAAAUCAUGAAGAAGAGAUCCAGGUCCUCAGAACUAUUAUUGAAGAGAAGAAAUUAAAUGUUAAUGCAGAUUUAACUAUAAAAUAUACACCUGUUGAAGCAAUUGAAAAGCAUAAAUGUAUAGAUUUAGAACAUUCUAACCAAAAAAACGUCUCAAGUCCUUCCAAGUUGGCUGCUGAGGCUAUGUUUCGAUUUACAUAUUCCAAAGAGGAUAUUUACAGACUGUUGUCGUCAUAUUCGGCUAAGAAGGAAAAAAUGUUUCUGCAUGUAAAAGGAAAAGUUCACCUGGGAAGAUUUGUGAUGAGAAGUCGGGAUGUCAUGCUGCAAACAACUUUCUUGGAUUCUAUAAAUGCUCUGCCGACUGCUUAUGAAAAGGGGGAAUAUUUUGCAUUUUUGGAAACCUAUGGAACCCACUACAGUAGCUCUGGGUCUCUUGGAGGACUCUAUGAACUAAUAUAUGUUUUGGAUAAAAAGUCCAUGGAGCAGAAAGGUAUUGAAGUGAGGGACGUACAGAGAUGCCUCGGGUUUGAUCUGGAUUUGUCUCUGAAGGCUGGAGUUGAAGUUACAGGAAAUGUUGAUUCAAAACAUUGCUCAAAGAAGGGUAUGGGUCAAAUGGAAACGAAGCCAGAGGUUGACCUCUUCGACGAUGUUAUUACAUUCAUAAGAGGAGGAACCAGAAAAUAUGCAACUGAACUGAAAGAGAAACUUCUCAGAGGAGCCAAAAUGAUUAAUGUGACUGACUUUGUAAAUUGGGCCUCUUCCUUAAAUGAUGCUCCGGUGCUCAUAAGCCAAAAACUGGCUCCGAUAUAUGAGCUGAUUCCAGUGAAAAUGAAAGAUGCGCACCUCAAGAAACAAAAUUUGGAAAGAGCCAUUGAAGACUACAUCAAUGAAUUCAGUUCAAGGAAAUGCGAACCGUGCCAAAACGGAGGGACUGUGGUUCUGCUGGAUGGAGAAUGUGUGUGUUCCUGCCUAAAAGAGUUCAAGGGAGUUGCCUGUGAAAUAAAAAAAUAG